AUGUCCGGAAGCGGGACUGGUUCCGGCGAGCCCGGCGCGCCGCUGCCACGCUGGCAGCAACGUCAGAUAGUAGGCGGCCCGGAUGACGACAUAGACGCCAUGCUGGCCGAUCCCGAGCGGUUCGAGCGGUGGCAAACGGCCCGGGAACUACGGGGAAUACAAUUGGCUGGGGAUGAUCCGGAUGACCGUGAGUGGGAAGACUGGAUCGAUGACCCGUCAGAGUAUGAUUACGAGACUGGCGGGUGGUAUGAGCCCCAACCGGACUGGGAGAAGGGCGGGAUGCCGCGAGAGGCGCCGGAUAUCCCGGAGAGAGGCAUGAGCCGGUCGUUUAAGGAGCUGCUGCUGCGGAUCUUCCAGCCGCAGGACGAGGUGGAGGAGAGCCUGACGUUCGAAGAGAGGGUUUUCAGAUACACGUCCCAGACCACGGCCAAAUUUGUCAUUUUUCUCAUUGCGGUGCCGUGGGCGUGUAGCUGGGUGCUGCAUGACUACAUCCUCACGCCCUUCAUGCACCACUAUGCGCACACCACCCCUCUGAUAGCGCGCAUGCUGGAUCUGAGGGAGGGGCAGAAGCUCAACAUGAUUGAACGCCUGAAGCUGGAGAGGCAGAGAAUUCGGUUCGAGGCGGACAUUGGGAAGGCGCCUCCCUUGUCAGAAGAUGGAUUGGCGGCUUACCUGCAGGAGGAAGCGCGUGAGAUGCGGGAGGAGAUUCGGCACGAGAAUGAAGCAGCCUUUGCAUACAUCUUCUCAGACACGGUCGGGUGGCUCAUAUUCGCGUUCAUCCUGUAUGCAAAUCCGAGCCAAGUGGGCAUCAUGAAGCUCACAGGGGACCGGAUUUUUACGAAUAUUUCAGACACGGGCAAGGCGUUUGUCAUCAUCCUCUGCUCCGAUAUCUUCCUGGGGUACCACUCAGAGUCAGGGUGGGAGACAGUGGUGGAGAUGUUUCUGGACCACUACGGCCUCGUGGCGGAUCAGAGCUCAAUCUACAUUCCCUCACAUCCCCUUGUUUCCCUGUCACGUCCGCUGCUUCCCUUGACCUUUUUCAGGUACCACUCAGAGUCAGGGUGGGAGACAGUGGUGGAGAUGUUUCUGGACCACUACGGGCUCGUGGCGGAUCAGAGCUCAAUCUACAUAUUCGUGGCCAUUGUGCCCGUCACCAUCGACUCCUUCUUUAAGCUCUGGGUAUGA